UUUACAAUAUGGCGUUAGUGUUGAUUGUCGUAAUGUUUAAAAUCUCAAAUGACUGUUACGACGUACAAAUUUCAACGAAUAGAUCUUUUUGCUUGGCUACGUUUUAAGUUUUCUUUCCUAAUUAUUAAUUAAAUUAAUUAGUAACACGAAAAGGUUAUAUAUAAACUUUAAAAUGAUAUUGCUAUAAUCGUUUAUUUAGAAAACGCGCACCAUCAAAUAAGUACACCUACGUGUAUUAAUUGUUAAUUAUUCGUAUAGCUAUCGAUAUGAUUGAAGUACUAUUAUCCGUAACAUGAGCGGUAAUACAAUCACACCUGUGAAGUUUAACCUCUUUAAAUUAUAUUAUGCAGAAUAGAUUAACGGUCACCUGUUUGAAUAGAUCGAACUAAUCUAUGAAAACGUUCGAAAAGAAGAUAAUGCAGGAAGACUCGUUACAGCUGAAAUAGGGGUGAACAGUAUUAAUAGGUUGGAUUUAUGCAAUGAAUUAAAAUUACAAACGAAAAGGAUCAGUGACCCAAUUGGAAUAGGUUGAAAGAAUCAAAGGAUUAACCAUGACAUCUCUUGGAAAACUAAUAUUCAUAGAUAUUCACUGUAGGAAUUUAAGAACUUCAUCUUCUACUGAUUUGCAAAAGGAUUGUGUUGAAUCUUUAUCCUUUGCAUUUCAAAAUUUAUUUUAUAUGCCAUUUGAUAUUAUUGAAAACUAUGGCAAUAUGAUAUAUACUUUAGAUAUAAGUCAUAAUAAAUUUUGUAGAAGUUUACACUUUCUAUCAGAAUUUGAAAAUUUAACAUCUCUCAAUCUGGAUUAUAAUAAUAUAGAUGAAUUUACUGUUUUCCCAUACAUGCCAAAACUUCAACUAUUAUGGUUAAAUCAUAACAAGAUCGAUCACUUAUAUCCAUUUAUUAAGAAUCUCUAUGAGAGUAUGCCUAAUCUAAAAUAUUUGAGUCUUAUGGGAAAUACUGCUGCGCCUAGUUAUCUUAAUGGUGGAACGUUUUAUGACUAUUUACAGUAUAGGUUGUUUAUUAUAUCCUGGUUUCCACAUCUUGUACACUUGGAUGACCGGACAAUAACUCCAGAACAAUGUCAAGAAGCUAAAAGACUGUAUAAAAGGCCAUUCUUAGAAAGUUUAUCUGAAAAUGGUCCGUUACCAGAAUGCCUCAAGUAUUUGCAUAAAAAGUUAGCAAAUAUGUUUUCAAAACCAAUUUUGCCUAAUAAAUUACAAAGCACGAGAGGAACAAAUGUUAUUAUUUAAAACAUUUAUAAGUGAAAUGAAAGUAUAAGAGCAGUCAGAGAAUAUAUUUUUUUUAAGACAGAAUAAGUAUGUAGAGCUAUUUUAGAAAAUUUUUAAACAAUAUAUAACUGCCUUAAAAUCGAUAUCAUCUAGUAAUUAUUGUUACAUUUCUUAAUGAAUUUACUGGAGGAUUUAGGAGAUUUUACAGUAUAUUAUGCAUAAUACCAUUUUUAAUACAUUACGGAAUUAGAAUUUAUAUGGUACAGAUAUAAUUUAUAUAUUAACAAAACCUAAUGUGCUAACAGUAAUAUUCUAUAUUAUGGAAAUAUUUUGUUAUUUGUUAUAUAAUAUAUUUCAUAAUGUUUUUAUUCCUUUUACAUCUAAUAUUUUUUCAUUUGUAUGAAAAUUUAGUCUUAAAAAUAGUUAUUUGAGAUAAUCAUUUACUAUUAUUAUUUUAUAUGUAUGAAUAAAACUCAUAUGAGAUUACAA